CUGAGGAAGAAGGAAGCAAAAGGAUUGGUCUUGCAUUCUGCUUUUGGAGAAGUAGAAAUUGAUGAAAACAAAUUCUGUGGAGAAAUCAGAGAAACCAGGAGUCACAUUUGGGGCAUUUCAUCUUUACUCAUUUCAGAAAAGUACCAACAUGUAUACUGGAGAGAAAUUCUACAAGUGCCCUCAAUGUAGGAAAGCUUUUAAUAAAAGCUCAAAACUCAUUUUACAUCAGAGAAUUCAUGUUGGAGAAAACACUUAUGAAUGCAAUGUCUGUGGGAAAGGUUUCCAUCAUAGGUCAAAACUUAGCAUACAUCAGAGGGCACAUACUAGAAAAAAUCCUUAUCAAUGCAAUGACUGUGGGAAAAUGUUUAUUAAUGACUCAAAACUUAUUUUACAUCAGAGGAUUCAUACUGGUGAGAAGCCUUUUAAAUGUAAUGAUUGUGGGAAAGUCUUCAGUCAUAGGUCAAAACUUAUUAUACACCAGAGAAUUCAUACUGGUGAGAAGCCAUUUAAAUGUGAUGAUUGUGGGAAGGCCUUUAAUCAGAGUUCACACCUCCUUCAACACCAGAGAAUUCAUACUGGUGAGAAGCCUUUUAAAUGUCAUGAUUGUGGGAAGGCCUUUAAUCAGAGUUCCAACCUCCUUCAGCACCAGAGAAUUCAUACUGGUGAGAAGCCAUUUCAAUGUAGUGAUUGUGGGAAGGCCUUUAAUCGAAGUUCCCACCUCUUUCAACACCAGAGAAUUCAUACUGGUGAGAAGCCAUUUAAAUGCGAUGAUUGUGGGAAGGCCUUUCAUCAGAAUUCCCACCUCCUUCAACACCAGAGAAUUCAUACUGGUGAGAAGCCAUUUCUAUGUCAUGAUUGUGGGAAGGCCUUUAAUUGGAUUUCCAACCUCCUUCAACAUCAGAGAAUUCAUACUGGUGAGAAGCCAUUUAAAUGUAGUGAUUGUGGGAAGGCCUUUAAUCAGAAUUCCAACCUCUUUAAACACCAGAGAAUCCAUACUGGUGAGAAGCCAUUUAAUUGUAAUGAUUGUGGGAAGGCCUUUAAUCAGAGUUCAAAUUUAAUUGUCCAUCAGAGAAUUCAUACUGAAAAGGUUAUUAAAAAAUCAUGAAUGUGGUAAAGAUUUCAAUAAGAGAACAAAUAUCCUGGUACAUCAGAGAAUUCACACUAGUGAGGAACCUUAUAAAUGUGAAGGCUGUGAGAAAGUCCUCAGUUUUCAGUCAUAUUUUCUUGACCAUCAGAGGGCCCAUAUUGGUGAGAAACUUUAGUAAUGUGAUGAAUAUGCCAAAGGGCCCUGUAAGCAUCUAGUACUCGUUGAUCAUCUGAUCAUGUUAGAUAUAAACCUUUUCCGUACGCUUCUUGUGAGAAUGUUUUGGUACGAAACACAAAAUUUUCUACACUAGAAAACUCGUGCUGAAAAAAAAAAAACAAAUUAGGUCCACAAGUUUCAUU